AUGCCCACCAUGGACGACAACCCCCUCUUUGGUCUCGACAACUCUGAUUCCGAGACCACCACCCUCGCCUCCUACACCUCCUCUGUUGACGGAGAUGCCAACACUCCAGCUGUAACCACCCCUCCCACCGCUGUGCUCCAGACUUUCGGCCUCACUUCCCAUGUCUCUUCUCCGCCAAGCUCCGACCAGCGCCAUGAUCCCGAUUGGCACCUACGUGACCUGUGCAUCUUGAGCUGGCUGUACAUCUCCAUCACCAAGGAUGUUCGUGACAUCGUUCGUGCGCCCAAGGCAACUUCCUACCGCGUCUGGACUGCCAUCCAUGAGCAAUUCCGCGACAACGAGUUCCAUCGUGCUGUCUAUCUGGAGGCGGAGUUUCGAAAUUUGGUGCAAGGUGACAUGGAUAUCACUCAAUACACCGGCCGCUUGAAGCAGCUUGCUGAUGCCCUCCGCGACGUCGGCCAGCCUAUUCGUGAGACGAGCCAGCAGGUCUUGAACAUGCUGCAUGGCCUCAGCUCCAAGUAUCGUCAUGCCAUCUCUACGAUCAUGUCGAAGCAGCCACCGCACACCUUCUUCUCAGCGCGUUCCUACCUUCUCUUGGAGGAGCAGUACGACAAGGAGCAUGCCAAGUCGGCGGCGCAGCACGCCUUGCUCACCACCGGCGGCCCUCAUCCCACCGCACCCACCUCGACUGACUCCGGUUCCAACUCCACCACCAAUUCUGGAUCCAGCUCCGCAACAACUGCCCCCAAGUCUUCUGGCGGAUCUCAUGGCGCGUCGAACCGCCAAGACACCAGAUGCGGACGUGGCCGCGGUCGUGGGCGUGGUCACCAUCCAGGCAGUUCCUCAUCCCCUUGGCCUCCCACAAGCUGGACACCGGGUCAGAACCAGUGGACCGGCCUGGUCCAUGCCAUGGCGUGUCCCAGCUGUUGGUGUCCUCGGUCCUCGUCUGGGUCCUCGCCGCACCAAGCCUACUUCGCCGAUCAACCCUCAUUCUCCUCCGGCAUCACACCACCACCUCCUCCCAUGGAUCCAUGGAACCAUCAGGCACUGCUCGCCGCACUGAACGCGACUAACUCCUCGGCAACUCCUCCACAGCCGGCUGAGUGGUUCAUGGAUAUGUCUUCCAAUGCUGGUAAUCUCUUCUCUCCUACCCCAGGUUAUAAUUCUCCUCCGAUCACAGUUGGCAACGGUGCCACGUUGCCACAGCCGGACCGGCUACAGUACCUGACGAACCUGUCAUUCUUCAUCAGCGUGUUCAGCAGCGUGUCUUUCAGCCCCCACACCACAACCAUCCCCAACUGCGGCAGCUCCACAUACACCCACGCCAUCACCCUCCCCAGCUCCAGCAAAUAUACCAGCGGCACUGGCUCCGGUUCAUCAUAUGCAUACUCACUCUCAGGCAGGGCUUUUCAAGCCCAAUCCUCGAUAUGCCCAGAACACUUGUCAGGACUCAUCCACGCCGGUCAUCUCACCUAUCCCUUCCACUGCUCGCGCAGCUUUCAGGGAUCGAAACUGGCGAGCAGCCAUGGCUCUUGA